UCCCGUUCUGUUCCGCAGCGGCCCGGCGGGAGGGGGGAAGGCAGGGGCCGGCGGUCUGCGCGGAGGAGCGGCUCCCGCGGGCUUGAAAAGAGGCUGCCUCUCCCCUCCGCCUCCCUUCUGAAUGGAAGCGCGGCGUCGCCAGGAGCGCCGUUGGAUUCCGCCUGCCCGGGAAGCGCUGUCGAGAGGAGGAGGAGGAGACAGGCGGGCGGGCUCGGCGUGCCAGCCAUGAGCUCUCGGCUCCAGGGAUUGCAAUGCUGCUCCCGCUGCCGGUGCCACUGAGGGGAAGAAGUUGCUCGGCAUCCCUGGCCCCUGCCUGGCUGCUGUGAGGCGACGAUGCCGCAAGGCAGGGCGCUCGCUUCCCCGGCUCCUCGGCAAGCGACGGGCUCUCGGGAGCGUCAGCAGCGCGGGCGCCUGUGAGGGGCGCGAUCGGGACGGAGAUUCUGGGUCCCUUGCUGGGCUCCUGGACGCGGGGCUGCCGCCGCCGCCGCUGGUGGUGGCUGGCGUGGUGGGGAGGAACAACACCAAACCUUUGCCCGCCCCGGCUGGGCUGAGCGUAGCAGCAGCUUCUGCUUGGUGGAUGCGUAUGAAUGAGUUCUGCACCGAAUGGGCGCAAAAAGCGCCCCAGGUCCACGGGCUCCAUCUUCCAGAUCAGCAAGACGCCGCUGCACGGCAGGGACGGUGAGCGCCGAGGCAGCACCUCGGAGGGCGCCUACAAGCCCCAGAGAGCCCUGGAUGACUGCAAGAUGCUCGUCCAGGAUUUCAACACGCAGGUGGCUCUGUACCGUGAGUUGGUCAUUUCCAUUGGGGAUGUGUCAGUCACUUGUCCAUCUCUACGUGCUGAAAUGCAAAGGACUCGAACCAAAGGAUGUGAGACUGCCUGUCAGGCACACCAAAAGCUAGCAGCAAUUUCUGGCCCAGAAGAUGGUGAGAUUCAUCCUGAAAUCUGUAGACUAUAUAUCCAGUUGCAGUGCUGCUUAGAAAUGUACACAACAGAGAUGCUAAAAUCUAUAUGCCUACUAGGAUCGCUUCAGCUUCAUCGGAAAGGGAUGGAGACUUGUGCAGCUCCCAAGACUGUAGAUAGUAAAGUAGAGGAGACUUCAGAAGUUCCUAUUUUAGAAGAUACGUCAUCUUCACCCACAGACAUCCAGCAGCAUCUAUGGCAGGUUUCCGCAGAUAUUGAAAACACAGAGAGGGAUAUGAGAGAAAUGAAAAACCUUUUAAGCAAACUCAGGGAGACUAUGCCUUUGCCAUUGAAAAAUCAAGAUGAUAGCAGCCUCCUAAACUUGACUCCUUAUCCGUUAGUGCGAAGACGGAAGCGAAGGUUCUUUGGACUCUGCUGUCUUGUCUCAAGCUAGAGGACUCAGUGCAGAACUGCUCAGAUAACCAUAGCCAAUACAAUUGACCUUCAGCUGGAUAAACCUAAUGCUCUAAGUUAUGAUGUAUGUUUUCUACACUGCCCUAAUUCUACCUAUUCCUCUCCUUUUUAAGAGGUUUACAGAUUGUUUCUGAUCAGAACCAAAUCGGGAAACCAAUUUAACAUUAUUAAGGAUAUUUUAAUGUUUUUUUUUUAAGCAGCAUACGGCAUGUCUAUUUGAAAUCAUUCUUUGAUUAGAUACAAUUAUUAUUAUUAAAUAAAUCAUGCAGAAAUUUUUAUUUAGUGUACAAACCACAACAACUGAUUGUGUACAGUACAGUAGUAUGACUGUAGCUCUUGCUAGUAUGAUGUUAAAAUAUUUGAACAUAUUCUAUUAAGCAAUCUUAAUCCAUAGAAAAGUAUUUAGAACAGCAAAACUGUGCUUAAGUUCUAAAGCGCUAAAAUAAACAGAGCCAAUAUUGUAAGAGAACAUGCACAAACUCUCCUAUUGCUUUUUGUGCUCUCAUUCAUAUUUAGUCUUCCACUCUAUAUCUCAACUUAUCCAAGUCCUUCAUACGACGAUAUUUUAAUUUCUAAUACACAAGCAACAUAACAUUAAUAUGUUGAUUCUGUAAAUAUGAGAGUUAUAUCUACAUACUGUACAAUACAUAGAAAUAGAUAAUUUACUUUAAAAAAAACCAAAUGUUAUCUAUUCAACUUUGGGAAGAAAGGACUAAAAGUUUAAAAGACGGUGUAGGAAACUAUACAAUCCACAGAUGUAAAGCAGAUUAUCCCAUUUUGUUUCCAUUAAAGGUUGAAGCAUGGUGUCUGCACAUUAAAUUAGUGUUUAUUGCUUAUAGGGCAUGCC